AUGCCCGUCAAGUCCAACAACGGCACCCUCGCCAACAAGUUCGCCCGCGCUGGUUACAACACCAUCGUCAAGCGCAACUCGAUCUUCUUGACCACCAUCUUCGUCUCUGCCUUUGCCGCCGAGAUGGUCUUUGACUCUGUCUCCGACCGCAUCUGGGAUAACAUCAACAAGGGUCGCCAGUGGAAGGACAUCUCCGCCAAGUACGCCACCGACGAGUAA